AUGUCGUCGGCUCGGGGGUUAUCGAGGCAGCAAAAAGGGAAAUCGGUUGCGGCGGCAUCAGCUCCGGCAAGGGGUUCUGGCGGAGGUUGUAUCGGGGGCCUCGAGUCGACUCAUCACGAGGCGAUGAUGGAUACGGUUGAUUUGUCUCGCUCCCAGAGACUUCUGAUCGCAGAUGCCACACGGCUUGCGAGGGAAGGGAGCGAGAACGUCGUCGUGAGGGACGCGACGGAGUGUGCGAGAGACGGGCAGAGCGAGGCGGUGCCCGUCGAUUCGAUUACCUUGAGAGCUCGCGCAGUGGAGGGCGAUCCUUCAGAAGAUGACGACUCUGAAGCCGAGUUGUUUCCGACGACCUUCUAUCCCGAAGGGAUUUUCGAAGAGCUUCCACGACUACAUCCCGACUUAUUGCGCCCUGCUUUCGUGGCUGGUCAAGAUUGGGACGGUGUGGAGGAGACUAAGUCGACCCUGAGAAGCGUGAAGAGGGUUCUUCGGGCCCAGAACGCCACAGGCGUGACUUUCCUCAUUCCUACGAAGGAGCAAAGACCUUGGUCUCCUCCGAUCGGGUACCAAACAGUUUACGAAUCUUAUUUCCAGGAGGACACUCGCUGUUGGUUCCCAAUCCCGCGACUGAUCACCGCGUACGCUAGGCGGCAAGAUCUCGCGAUUAGUCAGUUACUGAACGGCUCGCUGCGACUAGCCGUCACUCUAUCAGUUCUGGCGGAGGAGAUCGACAUGCCGAUGAGCGUCAGGUCGUUCCAGGAGAUGACCUCGAUAACCGAUAUGAAGGACGGAACCUACUCGGUAAAGAUGCGACCAAACUGCAACGUGUGCGCCGGUCAUCCAAACAAAACGCAGAAUUGGCAGCGCUCCUACUUCUUCAUUAAGUCCGACGACUCGGCUUUCGAGGAGCCUCCUCGAGAGGACUAUCGGGUCCUAUGGAACCGUUCUUGUGUUGGCCAUCCCACUUCUCCAGUCUAUCCUGAGGACUUCCUAAAGAGCGUUCGAGCCGUCGCUUUGCUUCGGAUCUACCUAUGGUCCGAGAUUACCGUUGAGAAGAUUCGCGAGCUUAAGGAUCGGAUCGCUCGAAGAGAGUGGAGAUCUGACCUUCCGACCGUUCUUCCUAUUCGCACCAAGCGACUAGAUAUCUUCCCGAAGGACAUCCAGAAGCAAAUUUAUGAAGCAAAGAGGAUGGGAACUCUUCCCGAUUUGAGCGCGAUGUUUGCCGCCCAGCUGGGACUGGCUAGCGAGGAAGGACCCUCAGCUACGGUUCCUCGCACGGUUUCCCCUUCUGGCACUAGAAGCGCGGGGAAGGGUAAGAAAAGGAAGAGGGGUGGCUCGGGAGUCGAGGGGAGCGCCGAGGAGGCGAGCGACGUUCCUCCUUCCGGCGAACCCCAGAAGAAAAAGAAGAAGAAGAAGAGGAGGACGAAGAGGCCUGUUGACGAGCAGUCGGAGAAUCCCGAGGAGCCGACUGAGAUUGAGGAGGAGGAGGCUCCUGAGGCUGAAAUCUUGGGAGAACGGGACGACGCGGCGGAAGCUGGUGAAGGGGAGGAAUCUGAAAUUCCUCUUAACGUCGCCCGUCCGGACGGUUCCGAAGAUGACAGCGGGGAGUCGCCGCUUUUGAUCAGGAGACGCAACGACGAGGUCGGCGAUGAGGGGCGAUCUCCUAUUCUGGCGUCUUCUCGCGAGGGAACUCCGGUUCCCAUUGGGGAAGGGGUCGCUCAGAUCGGCACUUCUUCUCGCGGCUCCGCUAUCUUGAGGAGGGUGCCCGGAGUCAACUUUCCAGACAAGGUUUCGUUUCACUACGAGGGACCGGCCCCUCUAGCGUACGUCCCCGAGAAGUGUGGAGAGUUCCUUCGCCAAUUAAGGGGGAGGGCGAAACCUUUGCCUGCUGUGAAGGACCUCAUUUUUGGGGGUGAAUACGAGGAAGCCGCGAGGGCCAAGCUGCUGGGGGAUAGUGCGACGAACGUUGUGAUCGAUAAGUACGACACCGCCCUGAAGGGAGCUUUGGGCGAACUCGAGCUGGCUACGAAGGAGCACGCGGCGAAAGAGGAAGCUUCUGCUCGCCAGCUGAAUGCAUUGAGGGCUGACGUCGAGAGGCUUAACGGGAUGGUUGCUCGCAUCAUCGCUCGGAGAGAUGAGCUCAAAGCCGAGUUGGAGAUAUCUCGGGGAGUUGUUUGUGAGCUCGAGCGGGAGAACGCCGAACUUGAGGGCGAGAAGGUUUCGCUCGUUGAGUCUCAUGAAAGAGAGAUGAGGCGCCUCAGGGAUUCCAGGAUCCUUGAAGUGACGAGGGAAAGAGGAAGAGUCGAGGCCGAGAUGGCCGCAAAAGCUAAUCGUCGCUUCGCUAGGAUUCGCUCCCGAGAAGAGCGACGAGGUCCUUAUGAGGAGGCCCGGUUGCUUCACAGCCAAGCCUUCGGAACCAGGAAAUGCCUCGAGGCUUUGAGGAGGGCUGGGAGCGACAUCUCGCAAGCUACUAUCGAGAUAUUCGCCGAGCAAGAGAAGAAAUACGACGAGGAAGCCGAGAAGCUUAGGGUGGGCGAGAUACCCGAGGAAGAUCUCACACUUUCUCCUCUCGUAUUGAACUCUCAGUUUGUGGAUGCUCGAAUCUUGGCGAGUCUCGAUCCAUAUGGGUCCAACGCCGGCUUGAUCGAUCCAGAGACUGCAGCGAGUCUUCACGUUCCGCCUACUCAUCCAACUGAAGAACGGCGCGAAGACCCAGCGCCUCUUCUUGAAGGUCCUUUGGCUGAUCCAGAGGUCGUCCCGAGACCAGACGAAGCGCAUGUUUCUCCGGCUGCUCGUGAGUCGAGCGUCAGGGCUUCGGAGCUCUCCGUCCUCAACGAACGCGAGAGUGAUCGGGAAGCUUAG